AUGGCAACUAAUGCCGAUUUGAAUAUUGACCAACGUAUUGAAAAGAGACAGCCCAUAAAUCCCCAAUCGAGAAGGCGAAAAAUACUAGCAAAUGCAAGCAAUCGAUUAAAUUUUAUAUUAGGGGGUGAAAAACCGUCGACUGCAUGCGAUCAUAUCACUCAACCUGCUGGUAAGAGUCAUUCAUCAGCUGACGUUGCAUCCAAGGCAACUGAUUUAUUACAGCAAGAUAAAUUGAAUCAAAGCCAAAAUGAAAUUCCAAAUUUAACUCAAGAUAAUAAUGGUACUGGCAAUGUUAGCCAUGAUACAGUUACUAAAGAAUCACCGAGUUCUAUUCAUGAUCAAUGGCUAGAGAUGAAGAGAAAAUCAUCAGCAUCUUUUGCUUUGCCUUGGACUGGCUUGAUUCAUGUCUGUCUGAUAGUGGGUACUGCAUGCCUCGUCGCAUUGGUCAAGUUGCAUUAUUUUGAUAAUUUCUUACAACACUAUUUAGAUAAGCCUAUCAUUCUUCCCUUUCUUGUGCUAACGUUUCUACUGGUACUAAUGGAUUAUGUUGCAUCGUUUGUUCAUUACAUCAAGACGAAUAGACCAGAUAUAGAAGGCGCUCCAAGUAGUAAAGUAAUAGCAACUAAUGGAAGACCUUUAUAA